AAAAAAUCUAGCAAAACGCAUAAAAAUAAAAAUAAAACAAACGCUGCCUUUUUAUCAUUAACAACAACAAUGAAUAAAUCUGUAGGUGGCGCGAAUAACCCGCGACAAUUUUGUUUUGUUUGCGGCAAAGCAAAAUCUGUUGGCGUGUUUCAACUAAUUGAAGGUUGCAUUGUACCAGGCACCUUUAAGCCGAUCAAGGAUAUACUAAAACACUUCGAAAAGGUCAUUAAUCAGCGGUUGGACUUACAACCAAACUCGACUGCCUGCAGAGAUUGCUUGGAGUAUCUAUUCAACUAUGAUCGUUUGGUUAGAAAUCUUAGUCAAGUGCAACGUCAAAUUGCAGACUCACUGAUCAACUGCCGAAAAAAGAAACCAGUGUGUGUAACACCUAAGCUGGAACUUGUUAAGCCCAAAGUUGUUGUCGCUAGAACUCCAAGCGAAAAAUCACCAAAAUAUACAACAAAGCCAGUGGUAACAAUUGUAGAUGCACCUGGGCCCGACGAUGAUGAUAUAUCAGCAUGCGAAGAUCUGAUACAAGAGGAUUUAGGCUACAAUAUACAAGAUGACAGCGAUGACAGCAUGGAGUCGGAAAUUGUGGACAACAUUGAUGUGCCUUGUCAUAUAUGUGGCGAGCUAUUUACAAAUCAGGACUGCUUAGACCGGCACGUAAAAAUGGACAAUUGCCAGAAGAAUGAGCGCACCACCUGCAGCGUCUGUGGGAUACGCGUAAAAGAUGAGGAAGUAUUGGAUUUGCAUAUGAAUCUGCACGAGGGUAAAACUGAACUGGAGUGUCGUUAUUGCCCAAAGAAGUUCUCUCACAAACGCAACGUGCUGCGUCAUAUGGAGGUACAUUGGGAUAAAAAGAAAUACCAAUGUGAGAAAUGUGGUGAGCGCUUCUCAUUGUCCUGGCUUAUGUACAAUCAUCUCAUGCAACACGAUGCAGAGGAGAAUGCACUCAUUUGUGAGGUUUGCCAUCAACAGUUUAAAACAAAGCGCACCUAUAAACAUCAUCUACGUCGGCAUCAGACAGAUCGACCCCGCUAUCCUUGCGGCGAAUGCGAGAAGUCCUUUGUGGAUAAAUAUACGCUUAAAGUACACAGACGUGUGCAUUUCCCCAUCGAGGAAACAAAGACCGCUGCGGAAACUCUAGUUGAGGAGUUGAACUAAAAGUAGCAAUAAAAGUUAAAUG